ACAUAUAACCAGUCUCUGGACAGAAAAGCUGACACUGCUGCUGAUGAUGAUGGUGGUGGUGAUGGUGAUGAAGGCUCCAGCUGUUUGGCGUUCCGUACGCGCUCCAAGCGCCCCCUGGUGGACGUUCCUCUGGGCCAGCUGGAGGCGGAGCUUCUGGCCCCUGACAUCACGGCCGACAUGUACGAGCAGCGCGCCGCCCAGAGGAAGCAGGACCGUCACUGGACCAAGUGGCUGCAGAGCCUCAUGGCCCCCGACACCGACGAGGAAGCCGACGAUGAAGACGACCCCGAGUACAACUUCCUGGAGGACGUGGACGAGCCGGACCUGGAGGACUACCGGACAGACCGCGGCGUCCAGAUCACCAAGAAGGAAGUGAACGAGCUGCUGGAGGAGCUCUUUGAUACACUCCAGGAGGAAGAGGAGGAACACGAGGAAGAGGAGCCCUCUCAGACUGGACCCAAGUUCAACGUCCCCCAGGCUUUACGUUUUGAUGCUCCGUUAGCCAGCAUGCUAACGGAGCGCCGGCGGACGGUGAGGAAACAGUACGAAGCUGCUCAGCAGAGGAGAGCCCUCCAGGACACCACCAACCAUCACCGUGACAACACCACCAACCAUCACCGUGACAACAAGGAAGCAGCCGGCCCGGCGCCCGACCCCGUCCCCUCCGUGUUGGUGCUGCCGGUCCCGGUGGAGCCCCCCCCUCCACCUAAACUCCCCAGAAGCUGCAGCUGCAGCAGCAGAUACAACAGGUACAGCUUCUACACUCAUGUGCAGCUGCUGACUCAGGUUCACCUGCUGAGUCGCCGUGUGGACGCCCUGAACCACGAAGCCUGCAUCAGCAAAAACUACCUGGAGGAGCUGCAGCAGUUCUCCAGCCGGCGGGAGCAGGUUUUGCUGCCCAGCAGCUUCAGUGUGUGUAACCUGCGGGGGGCGCUGGAUCUCCUGCAGGAGGUGGAGCAGAGGGCGGAGCCUCCUGUUACUCCACUUCCUGUCCCUGCUGCAGCCUCCAGACGCUUGCUCCCCAGCAUGACUCUUGCCACCAACAGCCAUGCCUUCCCUCUGCUGCCGGCUGACGAGGCCUGGCUGUUCGCCACGCGUCCCGUCUUCCUGUACCCAGAACUACUUCCUGUCUGCACCCUGGACCCCCCCGCACACAGCCAGCGGCCCCGCAGCAUGUACACCGCCGGGGAGGACGGGCUGAUCGUGCUGGCUCUGAAGCACUUUGCGGAGACCCUGCAGCCUGACCAGCUGAUCAGCUGCUACCUCGUCUGUAAAUCUCGCUGGAACUUCAGGAAGCACGUGAGGGACAUGAGUGGGCCGAGAGCCCCGAGCAGCAGCGUCAUCAAGAUGUUUGUGACGCAGCGAGUCGUCCCACCGUUGCCGCUCGCCUGCAGCCGAGUUGAUCCUGGAGAGCAGCGCCCCCCGGUGGACAGAAACACCCCCAACACGCCAAACUGGCUCAAGAACAGUCAGCUGAUCAUCCAGAAGUCCCGGCUGAGCUCCGGCCAUUACCCCCCCUCCCUCCCCCCGGGCGUCACCCUCAGGCUCCACCCUUAUUGGCUCAGCAAGUCCUCACACACACCUCCACCUUCACACAGACGGAUCUUCGCCCUGGCCCACAAUGCAUCUCUGCUGCCUCUCGCACAACGCCCAGCGGACAGACAGUCAAACAGACAGUCAGACAGACCAGAGGACUCGCUGUCAGACAGGCAGGCAUCGCGGAAAUCAAAGAGACAAACAGACAGACGGUUGGACAGAAAGAUAAACCAACCGGUGGACAGACAGCCAAUCAACACCCUGUCUCUCCCCCCUCCAGGAGUCACUUUACUCUGUGACUCCCCCGCUGUUUCCACAGCCCUUUCUCCGCCUCUCGCUGUUUCCGGAGCCCUGGCUCCGCCCCCUGUCUGUGGGGCUGUCUCAUUGGCUGCUGUCCAUCCAGGCCCCGCCCACAUCCUCCAGCCCUGCCUUCCUAUUGGCCAGUGGACGCAGAGCAGCAGAGCUUCCCUCCCUCUCCCCUCUCUGACCGAUGCUCAAACAAACGUGACGCCGGCGUGCUUCCUCCUCCAGAUGGUGUGGACGCCCGCCGCCACCUCCCAGCAUGCUCUGGGGCAACAGCUCCACAGACCAAUCAAAGAGGAGCGAGAGGACACAACGCCACGCCUUCCACCAGAGGAAGAGAGACGGGAAGAGGAGGAAAGUUCAGGUUCAACAUCAACACUCAGCCCGAUGUCUUCCUGUGAAGAAGAGGGAGGAGAAGAGGAAGAGGAGAACUGGGCUGAUCUGGGUGUGAUGAACGGAGUACAAAAUACUGGAGGAGAGGAAAGAGAAGGGGGAGGAGAGGAGGGUGCAGGAGGAGGAGAGGGGGAUGAAGAUCAGGACCGGCAGGGAGAGGAGGAAGAGGAGGAGGAGGAGGACUUUGAUGACCUCACACAGGACGAAGACGAAGAGGAAGUGAUGUCGUCUGCGUCGGAGGAGUCAGUGCUGUCGGUGCCAGAGUUACAGGAGACGAUGAAGCAGCUGACCUGGCUGGCAGCCGAGCGGCGUCUCUGUGCAGAUGGAGACUCUGAGGAAGACCACUCCCCCACCUCUCAGGAGGAGGAGGAGGAGGAGGAAGAGGAGGGGCCUAAAGGGGAGGAGUCUGGAGAGGGAGGGGGCAGCAAGGAGGGAGGAGACGAGGAGACGCCAGCAGGAGAGGAGACGACCAGAGGAGGAGCAGGAGGACGCUGUCUGGGACGGGGAAGAGGUCGUAGCCGUCCUCUCCGAGGUCUGAGGAGAAGCCGCCAGCAGCGUCACAGCAAAGACGCCGCUAAACUCCUCCAGCUGUUCGACGACAACAUCGUCAACAAUGACCCGCAGAGAGAGAGCAAGGACCUGGCUUUCGCCCAGAGCUACCUGCACAGGGUGCGCGAGGCGCUGCAGGACGUACCUGGGCAGGUGGAGGAGUUUGUGUCUCUGCUCAACGACUUUGAGCAGCUGGGCGGCGGACAGGAAGUGAUGUCGUUGUUCAGGAAGCUGCGCUGCGUCCUGGGAGAGCGGACGGACCUGCUGCGAGACUUCGCCGCCUUCCUGCAUCCGGAGCAGGCGCUGCAGUGUGGACUGUUUGAGGAGCAGCAGGCGUUUGAACGCAGCCGGCGGUUCCUGCGCCAGCUGGAGAUUAGUUUUGGAGAUAAUCCGUCCCAUUACCAGAAGAUCAUCAAAGCUCUGCAGACCGGUCCGGACCUGAGUCCAAACAGCAUCACAGAGCUGAAGGCCCAGAUGUCUGCGCUGCUGAAAGGCCACACCCACCUCCAGACUGAAUUCUGGGUGUUUUUCGACGAGCUCCGCCCCGCCCCAGCCCGCCCAGGACAGUUCGAAGAAGCUCAAUGGCCGGAGGACGGAGGGGGCGGGUCCGACGGAGGGGAGGGCGGAGGCCUCGCGUUAGGAGGCGGAGCCAGCUGCGGCUUCGAGGAAGUGACGCUCCCAGAGCUGGAGGAGGAAGAGGAGGGGCUUAAGAUCCAACCAAUGGCGAGCCGGCGCCAGAGGAGGAAGAUGGACGCCCACAGGAACUACAAGGACUGUGAUUGGUCGGAUGAGGCAAAGAUCAGCAGACACAGGAGGAAAGGAUGCUCUCAUUGCCAUGGCAACAAGACCUCAGGGGGCGUGUCCAGAGCCAUGAAGAGUCUGGACCCGCUGUACUCUCAGAUCAGCUCCGCCCACAAAGACCUGGACCUGAAGGGGGACGACAGCCCACAACCAGACGGCAGUGGUGCAUCAUGGGAAGGCUCGUUCCCUCUGAUGGAUGAGAAGGAGGAAGACGAGGAGGAGCUAGAUGAUGAAGAGGAUGAUGAAGAGGAGGAGCAGAGCCCGGCACUGAAGAAGAGGAGAGAGGAAACCUCCAUCCCUUCUAUCUCCUCCAUCCCUCCCUCUAUCUCCUCCUCUCCGCCCUCUCCCUCCUCCUCUCCUCCCCCAGAUCUCCCUGUUUGUGCUAAGAACAUUUCUCUGACAGCGAGCGGAGAGAAAGUAAUCCUCUGGACCAGAGAGGCAGAUCGAGUGAUUCUAACGAGGUGUCAGCAGGAGGGAGCCAAUCAGAACACGUUCCAGGCCGUCUCUACUCUGCUUGGCAACAAGAGUCCCAGCGAGGUUUCUCGCCGUUUUCGGGAUCUGAUGCGUUUGUUCCGGACAGCGGCUCGUCAGACCGGCUCCGAGGACGAGGCCCCGCCCCCUGAGCCGGCAGCAGCCAAUGAGGAAGAAGACUGACGUUACCCAAUCAGAGGAGCCGCAGCAGAUGAAAUGUUUCUGGGGCUUUUAUUGUGAAAGGAUCCACAGACUGUAAAUAUGAAAAUAUCAGAUUAUUUAAUGUGUUUUUUCUCUUUUACAAUAAAACUGUUUUUUCAUCAAAAAUAGUUU